AUGGACAUAAUUUCCAGGUUCGCAGAAACAGAUUUAAGAACUCUUGCAGCGUUCGUGCCUAUUCUAGAGGAAAGGAAGGAAGAGAUAGAAAAGAUUCAACGCAAGACUUUUGUAUACGAUGACAAGCGCCUUACAAGAAACGAGCUUGACGUGUAUUACCCGCUGAACUCGACUCUCACUAAGAAUGGGAAGACCCCCAUCCUAGUUUUUGUCUAUGGAGGUGGAUUCAACACCGGAUCACGACAACUUCCUGAACCAUUUUCCAUGGGAUACCGCAUGCUCGGAUCUUUCUAUGCGCACCGCGGUUUCAUCACCAUCAUCCCGGACUACAGACUUGUUCCGGAGGUGAAAUUCCCGGCUGCAUCCGAGGACAUUCGUGAUGCAGUCAAUUGGAUUUUCACCAACGCCGACAUCAUUGGCAUACCCUCCAUAUCCGCGCCUGAUGUGGAUGCUAUAUUUGUCAUGGGCCACUCAGCGGGCGACAUGCACACAAAAGUGUUGACCCUUUACCCACCAGUGUCGAAUACCGUGCAUCCUCGUCUCAAAGGCGUCAUCUGGUGUGGUGGCGGUUGGGCCUUUGAUGAAAGAUUUCACGUCGAAGUCGCCACACAGCAGUACUAUGGUUCCCAGGCGCAACAGAAGGAGAGGGAACCGCGGGCUCAUUGGAAUGGCCUAUCUGAUGAACAGAUCAAGAACCUGCCUGACAUCCUCCUUGUCAGAGCAGAGCGAGAGCCUGACAUGAUACUGAAAUCAUGGGAGUGGAUGCUGCUGGAUAUCGAGAAGCGGCGCGGAGAGGCGCCCCAGGCCAUCAUCUGCAAAGGUCACAAUCACAUCAGCCCUUACUGGGCUUUAUGUUCCGGUGAAGGGGAAGAAUGGGGAGAAGAGGUUGUGACAUGGAUGAAAGCUCGACUUACAUAA